CUGUCAAUUUGACGUUGACUGCGUUGCCCGGGGAAAUUAAAAAACAGUUUCAGGAGGUAGAGGAAAUUGCACACAAAAGUACACAUUUAUUUGUUUUAUAUUCAAGACAUGGAAAAACCAGAUGCUAAUGGAUUUGUGAAUAUAAACUGGCCAAGCAAAACUAUUCCCCAUGGAGGAAUAUUUCAUUCUCGAACUGUGCAGCCUUCAGCGGAACAGCAAGAGUUUCUCAGAGUGCUACUGGAAGAGUCAAAGUUGUCUAUCGCUCAACGCAAGAAGUCCGCACUCGCGCUGCGCGAAUACGAUGACAAGCCGCAGCGUGCGCCGCCGCAGAUGCCGCUCGUGCGCCCGCGCACCUCGAAACGACGUUCACUGUCUGCUAUUAGGGAGUCUGGCGCAUUCGAAUUUGAACCGGUCUGUCCUCUGAAACGAGGAGAAGAUCGCGAGAAGUUAAAGCAACGGUUAGCCAACUUGAUGGCAUACGGUGACACUCCAGAACAGACGCCUCCUGCACCACCUCGCCUUCCUAAGCCGAAACCGAAAAUUCCCACUAAUAAAGAGACCUGGCAUGAUUUGGUCACACAAAUUCGCGAGCGCGCCGAAUGGCUGGCCGAAAUGGAGUAUCUUGGUGAAGCGGGUCCUCACCGGGAGAUCAUUAAGGAACAGAUAGCUGAGAGAAUGCGGGCCCUCGACGCUUUGGGCAUUGACAGCGAAUGCUCUACCGCCAGAUCUACUGAGUCUGGCUUCAGCACGCUUAGAAGCAGAGAAAACCUUCAGAAAAGCAGUGCAGUAAAGUCUGUUCGUUCAACACACAGUAAUGGGUCUCAAGACAAAUCCAAGCCUGCCUCAGUACGCAGCAGCAGAUCGCAAGAGAAACCGCAGCCGGCCCUUAGAUCUGGAAGAAAGAAGACGAAAGAAGAGAAUGUUGCGGCCUAUGACAAGCUUUCUCCAUUGCAAUAUUCACCAAGGCGACGACAAUAACAUUUUCUUAAUUUAAUUAUUGAAAAGACUUUUGAUAAUAUUUUGGGACUUGCUAUUUGUUUUUGUAAUAAAAGAGGGUAAGUAUUUUAAA